AUGAGCAGUACUGGAGUAAUAACCCAAUUGGUGACGGAUGCGCUCUCGAUGAAUGCUGCUCAGGAUUGGGAGGACGUUUCCCUCUUCACUCCGUAUCUCAGUGAGCUCGAGAGCUUUGAGCAGAUGCUUUAUUUAUGUGCAUUUCCAGACGACCAGGCUCUCAUGUACGACUUCGCCGACUGCCUUGCCGUCCAGACCUUCCUUCGUAUGACGUCUCUUCCGUUCAACGUCCGCCAGAGACCGAACGUCGAUUUCAUCUCACCCGAUGGUACAUUAUGAUUCUUCAGGAGAAAUCCUAACUGCUGACAGCUUGCAGGCGUCGUUCCACUUUUGAAAAUCAACAAGACGCUCAUCACUGGCUUCAACGCCAUCGUCGACUUUGUGAACAAGAAGGGAGUGACGCUGACUUCGCACCUCAGCGAGACGCAGGUCGCCGACAUGCGAGCCAACGUUUCCAUGAUAAAGCACUUGCUCACCACUGUCGAAGUGAACCCCUUCGUUACCGUAAUCUUCAAAUUCGAGUAUUGCAGAUGUUCGUCCUGUGGAAACACGACGAAACGUACGAUAAAGUGACGAAGCUGAGAUACGGCAGUGUCUAUCAUUGGCCACUUUCCUCCGUUUUGCCGUUCUUGAAACGUCGCAGAGUGAUCGAGGAGCUGGCCGACAAAGAUUGGGAAUCGAAGACUAUGGACGAGGUCGGCGAGCAAGCGGACAAAGUGUUCCGCGCGCUUUCCGCUCAGCUCGGUGCGCAGAAGUUCCUGACGGGCGACCUUCCGACGGAAGCCGACGCUCUUCUCUUCGGACACAUGUACACUCUGAUCACCGUCCGUCUUCCACUGACCAAUAUCACGAACAUUCUGAAAAAGUACUCGAAUUUGAUUGAGUUCACGAAGCGCGUCGAGGCACAGUAUUUCAAGCAGUAA